AUGUCAUGUCCCAUCCCACAGCCUCCUAGGGUCCCAUUCCUGGGAAAUAUCCUUAACGUCGACUCAAAUGAUCCUUGGGGCUCAUUAAAGCAGCUUGCAGACAAAUAUGGGCCUAUCUACAAGAUUGACGCCCUUGGAAAGCAUGUCGUCAUAGUAAACAGUGCCUCGCUUACCGAGGAGAUCUGUGACGAAAAACGCUUUCGGAGAUGCUCGACGACGCCAGUGAUAAACGAACUGCGUCGGGCAGCCAAUGAUGCCCUUUUCACGGCCUACGACAACGAGCCGAGCUGGGGAAUUGCUCAUCGGAUCAUGGCACCAUUUGUCGCCCCGUCUAGUGAUGAUACGAGAAUCGAAGAUCUGCACGAGAUGGCGUCAGAGCUUUUAGCUAAAUGGACCUCAAGCUUCGGUGAACGAGUUAACCUCACGGAAGACAUGAAGCGUUUAAAUGUGCAAUCGGUCAUAUAUCACUUUUUCAAUCAGCGCCAUAAUCUCCUUGAGGGCGAGGGACCAGGUGUUGUCGAAUUGAUGGAUCACGCCACUUGGGAAACAGUCGACCGUUCGGCCAGACCGAAGGUCCUGAACUGGCUCUACUACGAUCGCAUAUACGACACAUAUAUCAAGGAUUUUCGCAAGAUGGCCGCUGACUUCAUUGUCUCUAAAAGGGCCGAGAAUCCUGCCAAGCAAGACAUGCUCCACGCUCUUUUGUUUGCCAAAGACCCACAGACGGGUGAAUGUCUUGAUGAUGAGAAAGUUAUUGACGAAAUAGUCACAAUAACAGUCACUGCAAGCUCCACUGCCGGUCUCAUGUCAUUCGCACUCUACUACCUCCUAAGGAAUCCCGACAAGAUGAUCAAAGCUCGCCAAGAGAUCGACCAAGUUUUGGGAAUUGGCGCGAAGAUCACUGUGGAAGACCUGUCAAAGUUACCCUAUCUCGAAGCAGUUCUAAGAGAAACUUUGCGUCUUUCUGCCACAGUACCAGGCUUUGUACUGGAACCCAUACCAUCAGACAACCCCGGAGAAAUUGUUUUCCUUGCAGAUGGGAAAUACCAGGUACCCAACAACCAAAGACUCAUGGUCCUUCUGUCAGCUGUGAAUCGUGAUCCAGACGUUUUUGAGGAUCCGGAUGAGUUCCGGCCAGAGCGAAUGCUAGGUGAAGCCUUCGAGAGGUUGCCCGCCGGAGUAAAGAAGAGUUUUGGAAAUGGGAAGCGUUAUUGCCUCGGAAAGAGGUUUGCCCUUCAGUUGUCGAUGAUCACUCUGGCCAACGUGCUUCGGAGUGUUGACCUGCAAGCGGCGGAUGAGGAGUAUCAGCUUAAGCAGACCGGCAGAGAGAUCUGUGCGAACUUUCUUGCCCCAGUGGGGUUUUUUGUCACGGUUGGCCCUCGAAAUGCCGUUACAAACGGUCAGUGA